CGAGGGCUGGGGGGCGGGGGGUGGGGGAGGCCGCCCAGCGCCGAAGCGGGGGCCCCGGCCGAGGGCGCGGCGGGGCUGCGCGCACGCUGGGGCGCGUGGAGGGGCGCGGAGGGCGAUAUGAGUCUGGUGGGGGGCUUCCCCCACCACCCGGUGGUGCACCAUGAGGGCUAUCCGUUCGCCGCCGCCGCCGCCGCCGCCGCUGCCGCCGCCGCCAGCCGCUGCAGCCACGAGGAGAACCCCUACUUCCAUGGCUGGCUCAUCGGCCACCCCGAGAUGUCGCCCCCCGACUAUAGCAUGGCCCUGUCCUACAGCCCCGAGUACGCCAGCGGCGCCGCCGGCCUGGACCACUCCCAUUACGGGGGGGUGCCGCCGGGCGCCGGGCCCCCGGGCCUAGGGGGGCCGCGCCCGGUGAAGCGCCGGGGCACUGCUAACCGCAAGGAGCGGCGCAGGACUCAGAGCAUCAACAGCGCCUUCGCCGAACUGCGCGAGUGUAUCCCCAACGUGCCCGCCGACACCAAACUCUCCAAGAUCAAGACGCUGCGCCUGGCCACCAGCUACAUCGCCUACCUCAUGGACCUGCUGGCCAAGGACGACCAGAAUGGCGAGGCGGAGGCCUUCAAGGCGGAGAUCAAGAAGACAGAUGUGAAAGAAGAGAAGAGGAAGAAGGAGCUGAACGAAAUCUUGAAAAGCACAGUGAGCAGCAACGACAAGAAAACCAAAGGCCGGACGGGCUGGCCGCAGCACGUCUGGGCCCUGGAGCUCAAGCAGUGAGGAGGAGGAGGAGGAGGAGAGCGCGAGUGAGCCGGGGCCCAGGAGCCGGAAGCAGACCCAGGACUCCGGGCAAGCUCUCCACGCUCCGCUCUGAGGACUUCUUGCAUUUGGAAUCAUCCGGUUUAUUUAUGUGCAAUUUGCCUCCCCUCUCUUUGCCCCCCUUUGAGGCAUCCGCUCCCCACCUCCCCCUCCAAAAAAAAAAAAAGUGGAUAUUUGAAGAAAAGCAUUCCAUAUUUUAAUAUGAAGAGGACACUCCCGCGUGGUAAGGGAUCCCGUCGUCUCGUAGAUUCUCUGUGUGUGAAUGUUCCCUCAAGGCUGUGUAGACACCAGCGUUGCUCCCACCCCACUUACCCAACCCCUUCCAGAUAAAGACAGCAGACAAUAGUGUGUAUGUAAAGUGUAUCUUUAAUACUUGGCCUUUGGAUAUAAAUAUUCCUGGGGAUUAUAAAGUUUUAUUUCAAAGCAGAAAACGGGGCCGCUAACAUUUCAGUUGGGGUCGGUAUCUAGUGCUGUCUUUUCAUCUGUGGUCGUUCCCUAUUCGAAGAUGUUUCCAACAGCUACUUGUUUUGUGCACUUCCGUCCUCUAAAACUAAGUGGAAUUUAAUUAAUAUUGAAGGUGUAAACGUUGUAAGUAUUCAAUAAACCACUGUGUGUUUUUUUACAAAAA